UACAGCAGCCUCUGCAUUUCACUCUAUCUCUCUGUCUCAUUUGCCUUCAUCCCACAGUUUCCCCUUCAAUGCAUGAAAAACCUACAUCCUCAUUCUGAGAUGCAAAAGCUUGUGUGCUAGAAAGUAGAAGCUGACAAGGUGUCCUGUCUGCAGAAGGACAGAAGGUGUGACAAAGGGAGUAACGAAGAAAGAUCAGAUCGGACUUAAGCUCCAAACUGGUGAAAGCAGGGCUGAGACAAUGGGAACAUCACUAAAAGUCAUCAUCUACUUAAUGACAGCUCGUGUGAGUUUAUUGUCUGUCACAGGAUACAAAGGAGGAGGCGUCGGCAAUAUCAACUGGGAUGAAAUUACAACAAAGGAACAAAAUUGUGUGACCGGGGACACUGUAAAGAUCAAGUGUCCCUAUCCACACAGCCAUGAGAGCCGGGAAAAAUUCCUGUGCAAAGGGAAGGAUCCCCUCACCUGCAAGAUGCUAAUACAUACAACAGAACAGGACAGCCAUGUGGCUGAAGGCAGGUUUGAUAUAAGUGAUAACAAAAGACUGAAGCACUUCUAUGUGUCCAUUAAGAAUGUGAACCUACACGACUCUGGAAUGUUCUGGUGUGGCUCUGACUGGACAAGGCAGCAACAGACAUACAUGAAUAUCAUCCUGACUGUAGAAGAAGGACACAGCAAAAGCAAAACAGUAAGCAGUCCUCCUGAAAGAGAUCCGGGGGAAGACCCUCCAAACAUAGGUGUGAUCGGUGGUGUGGUAGGGUGUCUGGCAUUGCUCGUGAUUCUUGUGGUUGUAUUUGUACUGCUCAGACACAAACUCCCCAGCACACAAGUGUGUUGUCCUGCCCGGGAAUCAACACGGCAGAGGACAAACGCUGGCCAUAACACAGAGGGAAAUCAUGGAGAUCACCACUAUGAGGACAUUCAGAUGUGCAGCCAGCGGGCGGGCUCAGGAAACACACUGCCAUCCGUUUACGCAACCGUCAACCCUCCCGCAGAUCAGCUCCACUACGCCAGCGUCAAUUUCCAGAGCGACCCGGUCAGUGUCUCGACAGACAGGAACGCACUCUCUGACGCAAACAAAAAUGGCUCCUCGGCCUGUGACUACUCCUCUGUCAGUAGGACUGUGGCUGCCACCCGUCCACCAGCAGCAGAGCAGACUCUCUAUUCCACAGUCACAAAGCCUGGGGAACCAUGAGGCAGACAGUCUUUCACCUGCCAAUGUCAACUGUGCAGCUUGAGGGGGACAUGCUGUGAAGGAUAUGCAUUUUGUCCCACGUACAUACAGUCCAUUCACCCAGAAUAUAGUGAAGUAAUUAAGCAACAUUUGUGAAUGAUGGACCUUAAUAUUUGGCACAAUGAGUUUGCUAGUUAGCAUCUAUUAUGGCUUUGUAGCGAAUAAUGUGACAUAGAUG